AUGAGCAACAAUAAUCUGCAGGAUUCAGGAGUGAAGAAACUCCAGAACGGAUUAAAAGACACAAACUGCACACUCAAUAAACUCAGUCUUUCAGACUGCAUACUACAGGAUCCAAACUGUCAACUGAAGACACUGAGAUUUUUGAGUCCUGCUGCAAAUGAAGCCUGUCAGUAUGUGUCUGGAAUUGUGGGUAAAAACCCGUUGCUCCUGAGAGAUCUUAAUCUGGGUGAAUGUGAACUAGGAGACACAAGAGUAAAUCAGAUCACUGCUCUGCUGCAGGAUAAGCACUGUAAACUCAACACACUGAUUCUAUAUAGAUGCAGUAUUACAGAGAAACAAUGUCUCAUCCUGAUUUCAGCUCUGAAAUUAAACCCUUCAUACCUGAGAGAACUGGACAUAAGUGAGAAUGAACUAAAAAACACAGGAGUGAGUAACUUAUGUGACGUUCUGAAAGAUUCACACUGUAAACUUGAGAGACUGAG